CGUUAGACAUACCUAUAUAUUUCGUCAUGCCACCAAGUAUUAUCUUACAUUCUUAUUAAUCGACGCUAAGUCUUCAGCUGGGCAAUAUGCGUUAACUGAUUACAAUACAUAUUUAUUAUUCUGUGCGAUAAUUUUUACUAUUAUUAUUCAAUUAGAUACAACUUAAUUGUAUAGGGAUAUAUUAUUCUGAUUCUGAUAACUAAAAUGAUAUUUUUUUAAUUCUUUUUUGGAUUACUAAUUAUCAAUUUUCUUUAUUUCAAUUUCUCAUAUUAUUAUUAUAAUUAAAUUAUUUAAUGUUUAAUUGCAUUUAUAUUUUAUUUAAAAUUGUUUAGUUUACUUAUUAUUUAUUGAAUACUAGAAAAAGUAUAUUGCAGUAAGUGAUUAUGGAGUGCAGUUUAGCAUCAACUUAUGCCAAUGGUACAACUAAACCAUCAAAAUCAAUAUCUGAAAAUAGAAGUCCUGCAAAAUCAGGUCUUCAUGUGAAUUUUACAGAAAAAGUUGAAGUUAAGGAAAAACGUGAAAAGUUUUUGACAGCUAAAUAUGGUGCUCAUCAGAUGAGUUUGAUUAGAAAACGGUUAAAUGUUGAAAUGUGGCUCUUAGAAGAACUUCAAAAACUUUAUGACCUGCCAAUAAGGGAUCCUGCUGUAGAAGGUAUAGAGUGCGAAGUUGAAAUUGACAUUGAUGAUUUAUUAGACAUGGAAAAUGAUUGUCAGCGUACACAAUUUCUUCAAGAGCUGCUAUCAAAUGCAAAGUCUAAAGAAAAUGUUAAAGUAUUUAUUGAUAGAUUAUUGGAAAAAAUAAAAACAUUGUAGAUGCAUUUUGGGUGGAUUGAAUCACAGAUCCGUCCAAUAUAAGCUUGUAACUGCCAAACCAAAUCUGUCGCAUCUUACCAAUUAUGUAGUAGCCUUAAUUACAACUUCGAGAGUAAGCUCAUUUGUAGACUAAUUACCGUCCAGAUAUAGAAUAUUUUAGAACUUAUUUUAUUUAUUUUUAACACUAAUCGAUCAUUGUUUAUUUUUUUAUUUGAUCUGUUACUUGCCUAUUUAUUAUUUGUUCAAUUUGGUUUUUUUAUUAUUUUUCCUUUAUAAAUUUUAAUUGAUAGUUUAAAUACUACACAUUAGUUCAUUGUUAAUAGUUUAUGCCUUAUAAUUGAGAAUUAUUGUUUUUAUUAAACUCUCAGUUUUUAAGACUGACUCAUCUUUAUAAUUAUCCUUUAUUUUAAAAUUUAAAAUUAAGUAAAUAAAUUUUAUAGUAACAUUUAAUUUAUAGUAUGUUUUAUGUAUAAUAAAUUCUUAUAUAUUCAUUUUUUAAA